CGCAAAGUCACAGCGCGUUCAGACGCCGCAAGAAAACGUUGUAAAACUGAAGUUCUAGUGAAAAACUGGUCGUCGACAUCGUUCGUAGUUAGCUUUCUUGACGCCUGAGCUCUACGUUUACAUUAAUUUGUAGCGCCGUUCACUGAUCUACAGGAUUCAUGAUGAACAAGUUGGUCUACUGUAACAACUGUUUUGCGCAGCCAUCGCGAACGCUAAUGUUUUAUGUCACAACAUGCGCCCAUGUGUACUGCCAUACUUGUAAGGAAGAUUGCACUCGGAACUCGUGCAAGAUGUGCGGUGCGACAUGCACGACUGCUGCCUUGUCUCAAACCAUGAGUCAGGAUGUUCGGGAACUUUUCAAGGACCCUAAACACAUUUUACAAAGAGCAAUGAUGAUCAGUGAAUUCCAAGUGUCUCAACUCGUCAGGCUAGCGACGUGCCUGAGACAAGAGGUGAGCACGCUGAAAGCGAGCCACAAAAAGGCCACCGAGCUGGGGAUCAAGUACAAGCAGCAAGCCGAGAGUCUGCGCAAGGAGAACGCCGCCCUCAAGAGCGAGCUGAACAAGCUGAGAGACCAGCAAAGCACUGGCAUCGACAUCAGCCAGUCCCCAACUUUCCUGACUCGGCCUGACUACCCCGCCCCGCCAGCUUUUGAGCAGCCGACCGCCUCGCAAUCGAGCAACGAGUUCGCGCUGCUCACUCCGUCGAAUCGUUCCCAAAGGAAGAAGCACUCCAGCGUAACAAGCUACACCCCGAGCAACCAAGCUGCUGUCAUGAUGGCUGGCAUGGGCAUAUCCCAGCAGAGAAGUCAGCACGCCUACGAUGAUGACGGCCGACACCGUGGCCGCGCUAUCGUCGGAGCAGUCACACCACCCCUCCGCUUUUCAACAGCAAACGCUGACCGCCGCAGGUCGAUUCAAGACUCUGAGUCGUCAAUGAGCAGCUGCUUCCGGACACCGAGCACCGAUUCUUUGUCACGAUAUAACACGAGCAUUCCUGCAAUCGCACCACACGAAAUUGGCGGCAAUUCGAAGAGCUCUUUUAACCCAUCGAUAAGGCUGCCGAGAACACCGUAUGGGGCAACCCAGAGGAGGAAGCAGCUGAAUUUGUCACCUGCUAGCACUUGCUUUUCAAGGAGUUGAACAGGUGCAGCUAUCCAAAACUGAAGUGCUGAAGGCACUAGUGCUGAGAAGGGGUUGUGUUGACAACAGCCAUGUUGUACACGCUAUGUCAUUUCAAUAAAGAGAAGUUACAUUUUA